AGUGACCACACAAAGAAUGUAGUUAAAUCCAGCGAGUUACAUUUUCGUGGACUAUUACAUCAACAUCAGCGGGUGAAGAUGAGGUGGGGAAGAACUUGGUGGAGGGGCAAGGUGCUUGCCUAUGAAUCAGCAAGUCAAGAGGCAUCUGAUGAGUCUGAGACCUUCCGUGAUGUGGAUGUUACAUCUGAGCAAGAUUCCUCUGACAGUCAGGUUAUCGGAGAGCUUAGUGACAGUGACUUGGACGAGAUGGAUGACAUUCCACUUACACAGCUGCAGACACACCUGGCAUCAACUCAAAAGCCACUCCAUGAAACUGAUGGCAAUGGGAAAGUAAAUGUUACUGACUCAGAGGAGAUGGAUGACAUGUCAUUGAUGCAGUUGCAGACACACUUGGCACGUACCAAUAAAAGCAUGACAUCAUCGGAAGCUGCAGUCUGUCCACCGUCUCAGACUGCCCAAGACCUCAACGCGAACAAGACAACAACACCCACUGAACUGGCUGCCACUGCCAUCCCAAAUGCAACAACACCUACAAAGGAGGCUGGUGAACACCAGGAAAGCCAGAUGAUGAACAUAUCUGAACAGUGUUCAGAGUUUCAUUGCCUUCAGGACAUUUUUGCCGCAUGUGCUCAAUGUCAGUGCUUAUUGUGCUUUGAACAUUUUAUUAGAAGUGAUGCAUGUUCAAAUCACAAUAAGUAUUUCUCUGUAUACGUAGAUAACAUGUCAUCCUCUGUAAUUGACAACUCUCCCUGUUUUGUUGAGGUUGGCGCUACUGAUAACACACUGAUUCAGGAUGAAGUGCUGACCACAGUUGAUGUGGGAAUGAACAUUGACUGUGUAAGUGAUCCAUCUCAAAAACAACCCGAAGAUUAUGUGGUAGAUGGGGAAGAGAGAGUUGAAACAGGGUUCUCUGCUAAUGUUCAGCCAUCUGGCACUAAAGCAAGGAACAAAAAUUUCACAUUUAAGCGAAACCAGGGAGAGUCAUAUUAUACUGAGAAAACCAAUUGUGUCCUGGACGGACACCCUCCUAUUUCUGGGGCUGUCCAGUGCCUCAGCUAUACCAACUACAGGAGCAUUGUAUAG